AUGUAACUUAUUUUGUGAUCAUGCACUAAAAUUAGCUGGAAAAAUGGAUGGACGGCGUGGAUUAAACACAUACAUCAUGGUGGUCCCACAGAGCUCCGUCCACUAGCUACUGGCUACUGAGACCGACGUCAGGCUAUCCGCAUCCACAGUAGGCAAUGCGCGUCCACGCAGAUUGGAAAGGAUGAGAACUGCCCGACGCAGCGGCUCAAUUUACGCUUAAUGCCCUCGCCGUGUUUUCGACAGCUCGACAGCUUCCUCUCGCCCAGAUUCAAGCACUGCAUCUGUUUUUUCCAUGUCCGCAGCUUCAAAACUCAGCUUUCUAUUUCGACCGUACAUUAUCGUAAAUCCGCCAGUGACAAUGACUCCGAACUGCUGUGCUGCCUAUCCCAGCGGAAGCUGCGAGAAGCACGCCUGGUGCUCGACAAAAUGCCUCAGAGAGGUGGCAGCAACGUUGUUUGCUGGACCUCAAUGCUUUCAAGAUACGCCCGAGAUGGCUUCGUUGAUGAAGCUCGGAUGCUUUUCGAAAUCAUGCCCGUACGGAAUAUUGUCACGUGGAACGCCAUGCUAUCUGCCUAUGUGCAGUUCGGAAGGCUUAUAGACGCCCGCCAGUUGUUUGAGGAAAUGCCUGAGAGGAACGUCGUGUCAUGGACUUCGAUGUUAUGUGGAUUCGCACGCGCUGGAAUGCUGGACGACGCCAAGAGGCUGUUUGAUGUCAUGCCUAAUCGGAAUGUGGUCUCGUGGAACUCUAUGAUUUCGGGCUUGAUCCAAAAUUGCGAUUUAGAGGAAGCGCGGCGGUUGUUUGACAGAAUGCCUGUUAGAAAUCAGGUUUCUUGGAAUGCGAUGAUUGCCGGUUACGCCGAAAAUCUGAGGAUGGAAGAAGCAAGGCGUCUGUUUGAUGUCAUGCCUGAUGCCAAUGUGGUCACUUGGACAAGCUUAAUUGCGGGCUACUGUCGAAUUGGGGAUAUUGAAGAGGCAUAUGAUUUGUUUGUUAAGAUGCCAGUUAGGAAUGUCGUCUCUUGGACUGCAAUGAUAGGAGGACUCGCAUGGAAUGGUUUCUUUGAAAAAGCACUACUAGUUUUCCUGGAAAUGAAAGGGAUCGGCAAUGUUAAACCAAAUGUUGAAACAUUCAUUUCUCUUUUUUAUGCUUGUGCUGGUUUGGGUUUUCCUUAUCUUGGGAAGCAGUUACAUGCCCAUCUAAUCUUAAACGGUUUGGAUCAUGAUGAUUAUGAUGGAAGAUUAUUGAAGAGUUUGAUUCACAUGUAUUCUAGGUUUGGAAUCAUGGAUACUGCAAGCUGUCUAUUUACUAGCAACUCAGACAACCACAUAAUUGAGUCCUUGAAUUCCAUGAUCAAUGGCUAUAUUUGCUUUGGGCAGUUGGAAAAUGCUCGUCAUCUGUUCAACACAGUUCCCUUUCGAGACAUGAUCUCAUGGACUUCUAUGAUUUCAGGAUAUUUUCAUGCCGGUGAUGUAACAGAGGCAUGUUGGCUAUUCGGUAGAAUGCCUGUAAGAGAUGCCAUCUCGUGGACUGCGAUGAUUUCCGGUCAUGUUCAAAAUGAACUAUUUGAUGAGGCUAUGUACUUGUUUUCCGAAAUGCGGGUUGUGGGCAUUGGACCUCUGGAUUCCACAUUUUCUACCCUUCUCGGUGCUGCUGGUGCAAUGGCUUAUCUUGAUCUAGGGAAGCAGUUCCACUCUCUACUGUUGAAAACCCGACUUAAAUUCGAUAUAAUUCUUGACAAUUCUCUAAUUUCUAUGUACGCGAAGUGUGGGGAGAUCUACGAUGCUUGCCGCAUAUUCGACAAGAUGACAUCCCGAGAUGUCAUUUCUUGGAAUUCGAUGAUUAUAGGCCUCUCUCAUCAUGGGCUUGCCAAGAAGGCCCUGGAGCUUUUCGAGUCGAUGCGAGGAGUCGGCAUGAAACCAAAUGCUGUCACGUUCUUAGGCAUUCUAUCUGCUUGCAGCCACACUGGAAUGAUUGAUCAAGGGUGGGAAUUUUUCAACUCCAUGAUGCGAGACCAUUCCAUUCCACCAGCUGAUGAACACUACAUUUCUAUAAUUGAUCUUCUCGGCCGUGCGGGGAAGAUUGCUGAAGCUGAGGAGUUUGUUUGUGGGCUGCCAUUUGAGCCGGGGCCCACCAUUUGGGGAGCCUUAUUAGGUGUAUGCAGCCUUGGCAAUGUGAAUGCCGAUGUGGGGAAACGUGCAGCACUACGUAUCCUUGAGCUUGAACCAUUGAAUGCUCCUGCCCAUGUUUUGCUAUGUAACAUCUAUGCAGCUACCAAUCAGCAAAGGGAAGAGGGAAUGCUGAGGAAGGCAAUGGGAGCAAAGGGUGUGAGGAAGGUUCCUGGUUGCAGUUGGAUUCAGUUGAAGGGAAGAGUGCAUGUCUUCUUAUCAGGGGAUAGAUCACAUCCACAAACUGAUGAGAUACUCUCCCUCUUGGCUGGAGACUCAAGGAGAAGCUGAAGAGUAUUUGCAAAAUGCCUAUGGUGCAAGAUCGCUGCGGCUG